AUGCGGCGCGGGUGUGUGCUGCUCUGUGUGUGCGUGUGUCUGUGGCUCGUUCCCUGUGUCGUCUCUCAAAGUCCCGCAGAAAAUGACACGUACACGGAAUGCACAGAUGGCUACCAUUGGGACACAGAGUCUCAACACUGUAAAGACAUAAAUGAGUGCGAGACCAUUCCGGAAGCAUGCAAGGGAGAGAUGAAGUGCUUCAACCACUACGGCGGCUACCUCUGCCUCCCACGCUCCGCCUCCGUCCUCACCGCCCCAGAGCCCGUGAGCCAAUCAGAGCACGUCCUUCCAGUCGAGGUCAACGAGGCCUUCAACCCCUGUCCAAUGGGAUACGAAGCACAAGGGGAGAGCUGUGUGGACGUGGACGAGUGUCAGCUGGACCUGCACGACUGCCAGCCCAGCCAGCAGUGUGUGAACACGGUGGGCGCCUUCGCCUGCCAGUGUCCCGAUGGCUACAGCAAGAUCGGCCCCGAGUGCGUCGACAUUGAUGAGUGCAGAUACAGGUAUUGCCAGCAUCGAUGUGUGAACGUCCCUGGCUCCUUCUCUUGCCAGUGUGAACCUGGAUUCCAGUUGGCUGGAAACAACCGUUCCUGCAUUGAUGUGAAUGAGUGUGACAUGGGCGCCCCCUGUCAGCAGAGAUGUUAUAACACCUACGGCACCUUCCUCUGCCGCUGCGAGCAGGGCUACGAGCUUGGGCCCGACGGCUUCACAUGCAAUGACAUUGAUGAGUGCAGCUACUCCAGUUACCUGUGUCAGUUCCAGUGUGUAAAUGAGCCAGGGAAGUUCUCCUGCAUUUGCCCCGAGGGGUACCAGCUGCUGGGGUCACGCCUCUGCCAGGAUGUGAACGAGUGUGAGACAGGUGAACACCAGUGUGGCGAAGGACAAUCCUGUGUGAAUAUUCAUGGGGGAUAUCAGUGUGUUGACACCAACCGCUGUCUGGAUCCUUAUGUACAGGUGUCUGACAAUCGCUGCGUGUGCCCCGUGGUGAAGCCUGCGUGUCGGGAUCUUCCCUUCUCCAUCGUCCACCGUUACAUGAGCAUCACGUCCGACCGCUCCGUCCCCUCCGACAUCUUCCAGAUCCAGGCCACCAGCGUCUACCCCGGGGCCUACAACACCUUCCGCAUCCGCUCCGGUGACGAGAACGGAGACUUCUACAUCCGGCAAAUCAACAACAUCAGCGCCAUGCUGGUUCUGGCCCGGGCCAUCACCGGACCCAGGGAGUACGUUCUGGACCUGGAGAUGAUUUCAAUCAACCCGCUCAUGAGCUACCAGACCAGCUCCGCUCUGCGCCUGUCAGUAUAUGUGGGGCCUUAUGCCUUCUAAAGAGAGAGAAAGAGUGGGAGAACAGGAGGGAGGGAGAGAAGACAGGAGAGAGAGAGAGAGAGACAGAGACGGGGAGGGGGGGGGAAGAGAAGAAGGCAGUGUUAUUGAUAGGAAAGGGGUAGAAAGGGAGCAAUGGAGACAGAGGGAGUCAGAGGGGGGGCCUGGCCUUGAGGAGGGAAAAUGUAGGGUAGAUCUGUAGUGAUAAGGGAGUGAGGGAUGAGAGCGUGAGACCAACACCUGCAAAACAGUCACAGACUCGCAUUAGCACUGUCCAUGCACUGACAGAGAACGGCCAGUUCCACUUCACAGGAAGAACGGAUGACGGCAGGGGAGAGGGGUGUCAGCAACCUGCGAACUGCACGCGUCACGCUUCUCUCUCUCUCUCUCUCUCUCACUCACUGUCCUCUUCCCGAAACCUUCCUACAACCUUUUCCAGCAGUGCUCCGAGACAGUGGGCAACAUUCUCACAACAUUGCCGUUUCAGGGAGGGAGGGAGAGAGAGAGAUACAGCAUUACAUCCAAUAAAAAUGACAUUGUGUUACAGAUACAGGGACAUGGGGCUCCUUUAAAGGGCCAAAGACAUAUACAAAGUGGCUCUGCAUUCACAGUGACUAUUCACCCAAAAAUCUGAGACAAGUAUCAAUGCCGUAUAUAUGUGAUUAGGGGCUGAGUGGUUAUUAUUCUUCACUGUUGUGACCAGUUGCAAAAGCUACAGGAGACACAAAGAAGCUAUCGCUAUGUUGUAUGUGUGUAUUAGACACCAACAUUAUGACUACUCGCUUAAGCAUUAGAGACUAAUUACAUGUCUAUGUGUUAUGUAUGUGGUAGGGUGCCAGUUGAUAACAUGACCAUUCCAUUCCCUUGCACUGAUGUUAUUCACUCUCAUUCCUCCAUCGCAGUAACCACUCCUAUCCUAAUCCCUUUCUGAGUUAUUUCCUUCCUUCACUACAUAAA